AUGGCGGAACCCAUCAUCCCCAUGCCUCAGGCAAAGCAGCCACCCAAAAUUCCCCAGGAUGUUUCCGAAGUAGCGUCCAUGGUCAAGAGCCUUGACAAGGGCAGGAAUCCCACCAGCAACGGCAAGAAAUCAUUCAAGGUGAAGAGGAAUACCUUUGAAGUUGCCAACUCCCCAGACGACAUCACGGUAGAUUCUUGGAAGUUCUCCGACUGGGACUACAAGCGGAGAGACCUGCCCACGUAUGCCCGCGGCCUAUUCACCACUAGGAAUCGUCGCAACGAGCCCGAGAUUGCUGUUCGCGGCUACGACAAGUUUUUCAAUGUCGGCGAGGUCAACGAGACCGAGUGGAAGAAUAUCCUCGAGCAGACGCGGGGCCCUACGAGCUCACCCUCAAGGAGAAUGGCUGCAUCAUCUUCAUCUCCGGCCUUGAGGAUGGCACGUUACUCGCAAGACGAGGGGGCCCUCGCCGCCGAGCUUCGCCGUCGAAAUGUGACUGCGGUCGCCGAGCUUUGCGACGACGCCUUCGAAGAGCAUAUUCUAGCCUACGGAGAGGACAAGGCGGGACUGUACUUGCACGGAAUGAACCUGAAUCUCCCCGUCUUUACCACGUACACCAGCGACCUGGUGCAGCAGUUUGCGGAUGACUGGGGCUUCCGAAAGACGGGCCUCAUCGUCAUGGAGGAUGUCAACGAGGUCAAGAACUUUCUCGAAAAGGUCGCCGAGUCCGGUGCCCACGACGGCCGCGAUGUGGAGGGCUUCGUCAUUCGGUGCCAGCGAUCCUACAACCCCGCCGCCACGCCUUAUCAGGAUUUCUUCUUCAAAGUGCACCAAGGCGUUGAUUUCUGGGAAACCUCCCCGGUUCAAGAAGCACAAGCGGAUCACGGAAGAGUAUCUUUGUAUGCCCGGAAGCGCCUCGCCGCGGACCCCAAGCUCGGCAAGCUGUACGUCCAGAACCACGGCAUUAUCGGCCUACGCGACGACUUCCUUGCGUUCAAGCAGAUCAACGGCGCGGAUGCUGCCAACUUUGAGAAUCAGACAGGGGAUGGCGAGGGUUCCCCCUCCAUCGGAGUAGACAAGGAUGUGAUCCUCGUCCCCAUCGCUACCAUUGGAUGUGGCAAGACGACUAUCGCGCAGGCCCUACUGGAAACCCGCGCUGCCGUGAUUGCGGAUAGAAAUAACGCAGCCAGGAUGGAGAGGCGCCAGAUCAUCACGGACGUCAAGCUGCAACACCCGAGCGCGAGGUUGGUCGCCCUUCAUUUUGUCCAUACUCCAGAUACCAUGGACAAGAUUCGCGAGGUCACUCAGGCUCGCGUCAUCGAGCGCGGCGACAACCACCAGACAAUCCACGCCGCGACCGAUCAAGCCAAGUUCAUGCACGUGAUGGAGGGAUUCCUGGAUCGCUUCGAGCCGUGCAACGCCUUCUCCCCGCCCGACGACGGCUUCGACCACGUCAUCGACCUGAACCCUCUGGUUGACAGCCGGCAGAAUCUCGAGGUGGUCGUCAAGCAGCUUCACCAGUGGUACCCCAGCCUCGUCAAGGACAUGCCGAGCGCGGAACGGUUGGACGAGGCCAUUGUCGCCGCCAUGGGGUAUAAACCUGACAUCAAGCACACCAUCCCCGACCGCGGCGGGAAGAGCAAGCCAUUUGGGCGCGGCGGGCAGGCGCAGCAGCAGCAGCAGGACCGGCAGGAAAAGAAGCCGCUCGAGUACAUGGCCGUACACCUCCCCACGCGGGAGGUCAACGACAUCCUGGAGAAGGCAUUUGUCGGCCAGCCUCCCGAGGCGGCCAAGUUUUACAGGCAGCUGAAGCAGACUCGCCGGGUCCAGGCCAAGUUUCACGUCACCCUGAUUCACCGCGCGUCCGCGAAGCAGCACCCGGAGCUGUGGAAGAAGUACAAUGAUUUAUACGAGGAGGCCGAGAAGGCUGGAAGUGGCCAAAACAAGCUGGGCGAGUGCGAUGUUAUGCUCGAGAGGAUUGUCUUUGACGACCGCGUCAUGACCUUUGUGGCCCGCCUGAUCAAUGACGAGUGGAAGACGUCCAACACGGUCGCCCAUGUGACGAUUGGCACCCGAGACUCUUCCGUGAAGCCCAAGGAGAGCAAUGAUUUGUUGGCCAAGUGGCUCGAGGACGGCGCCGGCGACGGCAAGAUUCACGACGUGGUGCUCGAGGACAAGCCUACGCUCAAGGGCCCCGUCCGCCCGCCGCCCCGACACGCGCCAGGCCCAGCUCAUCCGCUCGUACACGGCCCUUCUGCGCUCGACGCCCCUGCUGCUUUUUUCCAGCAUAAUAACCUCACGGCCGUCGAGUGGAUCGCCGUGCGGCGCGAGCUCAAGACGGCCCUCGCCGCCGUCGCGCCACCGCUCCAGCAACAGCAACAGCAACAGCUAGGCGAAGGACAACACGUUGAUCUAGCACCGCACGUCAGGCUCGAGGUCCUACGCUCCCGCAUGUUCGACGUCGCCAUGAAGAUUGACGAAUUCUUCGAUCCCGCCCUCGCGGCCCGCGACCCCGCCACGCCUCGCACCGACCGCCACGGCCCUCUGGCCGACGGCAAGGGCAUCGAUCCCGCGAACAGCACCUACGCCCAGCUCUCCCCGCUCAUGUCCGGCCCCGUCGCCGCCCUCGUCUUCCCCGCCGUCUCGCCCCCGCACCUCGCCGCCGCGUUGUCCGUGCUGGCCCCGACGCCGGGCCUCUUCCCUGCGCCGCCUAAGAAGAAGAACCCGGGCUACUAUGAUCCCGUCGUCCAGGCCGCCCUCGCCAAGCUCCUCCUCGUCGGCGGUCGCGUCGAAGGCAAGGUCUUUGAUGUGGAUGGCAUCAAGUGGGUGGGCGGUAUCGACGGUGGCCUCGACGGUCUUAGGGCCAGGCUUGUGGCUAUGCUCCAGGGCGUCGGCCUCGGCUUGACCAACACCCUUGAGAGCGGAUCCAAGAGCCUGUGGCUCUCGCUCGAGGGCAGGAAGCUUCAGUUGGAAGAGGAGCAAAAGGGCGAGCAGAAGCAGGAGAGCUAA